AAAGGAACGAGCAGAACAAAAAACUUUCGUUCUUUCUCAUUCUCUUCAUUCAUCAUCCCAUAGUAUUCCAGCAGAUUCUUCAGGCUCUAGCUCUUCUUCAUCUACAUCUCAGGAAUAGAAAAUAAAAAAAGGGCAAAUAAAAAGUAGAAAGUAGCCGACCAUGUAUCGGGUUACUACCAGAUCUAGUAGCGCUUUGUUGGGUAUACGGCGACAGCAAACCAUUGUUGCUCAGACCACACUAGUCGCACCCUCAUGGUCAUGGUCAACGACUAUGCGCACACUUAAAGCCUCUCCUAUUGCAACCACUUCAACAACUGCUGCGACCACCAUCAACACACCUCGUGCCUCUCUCUCCACACAAGCAAUUCCACUCUUGCGCACCACCAAAGUCAAGACUACGGCUCGUAAAUAUACAUCACAAUCCGCAGUUCAAGUUGAAGAAGAGCUUCCGUUACAAUAUGGGAUGCUAUAUUUUGAUAAUGCUUACCCCCUCAAGAUGGGGUGGUGGGAUAUUCGCUAUUCAUUAUUGCGGCCUGGCUGGAAACAACUCGAGCGAAAGGCCAAGACAGAAUUAGUACCUCCUGAGAACGCCAUGCCUUUUCAUUUUAAGAUCGGAGGCAUUGAGCCAAGACUCAAAGACGGCGGAAUGUUCGUCCAUUUUUCAUACGUUCGCCCAAGUUCUUAUACCACCCGCGAGGCUCUCAAGGAGAUUGAAAGUCGUUGUGAACAGCAUUUGAUCAGUCAUGAUCACUACAUGUGGUUUAAUUUUCAAAAGGUCCGAGCCUUCUUAGUGAAAGGAUCACCCUUUUUGGAAGAUAUGGCUAGUCGAUACCCAAACAGCAAAAUCAGGAUUGAAUACACAGGCGAACUAAAUGUGGAGGCGAUCUACAGUCUAUUUAGAAAAUAUGGCAAGAUCGUUGACAUUGUCAUGAUUCCGCCUGUGAAAGACAUGCCUGUCAAACAAGCUAUUGUCAACUACUCAUUCAUGCGUGCAGCCACCAGUGCUAAGAGUUGUUUACAUGGAGCGGAGAUUAAUGGCGUCAAAAUGAGUGUGACCUAUGAACGGACGUUACAAGGGAAUGUUAUCUGGACCUGGUUGACGAACCAUCCUCGAUUGAGUGUGCCCUUUGGCGGCGCAAUUAUUGCAGGUGUAUCGCUUUUGAUCUUUGAUCCGAUCCGUGAGUUCAGUAUGCAUGCCAAGAUUACUCAACUAUUCAACGUCAAUGAAUAUCCCAUCUUGAAGUGGUUGCGAAAAGAGACCAUUGGACGUCUUACUCGCGCACCUGUGGACUCUUUGCAGGCUACUGGAUGGCGUGAACGAGAACAUGAUGAAGAAAAGCUCCGCAGUUGGCUACGCGUCCCACCAGAAUCGUUUGCAAUUAUUUACGGUCCUCGUGGGGCAGGAAAGACAGAGAUGGUGGAUUAUGUAAUUAGGAACAAGAAGAACAAAGUGAUCAUCCGCUGUGAGGAAUUAGCUAAUGCUAGGAGUGAAGGCGAGCUCUUGACUAAUUUAGCUAAGCAGAUCGGAUACAUCCCUUUAUUCCAGUUCAUGUCAACGAUUAACAACAUGCUGGACAUGGCUAUCACCGCUACAACAGGGCAGAGAGCAGGACUGUCUGCAACAUUUGAAGGCCAGCUCAAGAAGAUUCUGGACACAUUAACUGCCGCGAUUCAAGAGGCAUCCCCCACCAGAGACAUGUCAAAUUUCUCGAUCGAGGCGAUCAUGAAGAAGAUUGAGGCAACACUUGAGGAAAAGGCUCGGCGUGAAGAACUAGCCAAAGGAAAUUCAUGCUCGUCAUCUAUGCUGACUCAGUCUUUGGAAUCUCGUCAUAGAGAAACCAAAAAAUUAAAGAAAAAGAAAAAAAAGAAGAACCAGGAGGCUGCCAUGUGGAUUGAUCCGGAUGAAAUCCCAGUCAUUGUAAUUGAUGGAUACAUGUCUAGAGAAAAAGGACCUCAUGCAAAGGAGCUUUGGACUCAUCUGGCUGAUUGGGCUGCGGUCUUGGUUGAGAAUCAUAUCGCUCAUGUUGUUUUUAUUAGCAAUAAUGUCUCUGCAUCAAAGCCUUUGGCUAAAGCCUUGCCUAAUAUGACAUUCGAAACGAUCAUGCUGGCAGAUGCAACUUUGGAAUCCUCUCUUGAGUUUGUGUAUAAGCAUUUGGAUAGCGAGGAGUACCCAGAUCUGAUCCAGCCUAUUCGGACUAUCGGGGGUCGUCUUACCGAUCUGGAGUUGUUUGUUCAAAAAAUCAAGAGUGGAAUCACACCUGAAGAUGCGCUCCAUGAUAUUCUGAGUCGUGCUGUGGUUGAGGUCAGGAAAAGUGCAUUUGAUUUCGACAGUACAGACGGCAGGACUCUAGGCUGGACGCCAAUGCAGUUUUGGGUCGUGAUGAAACAACUGGUUUCUGGCGAACCUGCCAACUUUAACGAACUCAAGAUCCACCCCUUGUUCAAAAACGAUGAAUCGCCUUUUGGUGCAAUGGAACAAGUUGAAUUGAUAUCUAUAGUCCAUAAAAAUGGACGACCUUUUGCACUUCGGCCUGGUAAGCCUAUUUAUCGUGCUGCAUUCCAAGAGAUUUUGUCCGACGCAGGAUUCAGAGCCGUGAUGGAUCUUGAGGCAGCUAACUAUCUUGAGAAGGAAGAGAUGGUCAAAGUGGCCAAAUAUGAAGCAGAGCUGAAAGAUUUAUCUAGCCUGUUGCACAAGGAUGGAUCUUGGAUAUUUGGAGGUUAUAAAGUUCCCAAGGAAGUUGAUACCCGAGUCAAGUGGCUAAUGAAGAAGUUGGCUGAAUCUCAUGCCAAGAUCGAGAAGUACGAACAUGAGGCUUCCGAGGCUAAGAAAGCCGUUGCAAGCUUGAGUUUGACUGUGUAAGCCAUAGGAAUCUUAAUUUCAUAGAUGACAAAGAUAAUAAAAUAGAC